UUAAGUUUCCGGAUCCGGCGGGUCUUUGAGGUACCGGACGGAGGUGACCCGGAUCGGGUAGGUGGAUGUUAUGACCAGCAGGGAGCGCUGUGAUCACCCUCCACCCAAAAGGAACCGAGCUCCGGAAUAAAGGGGAACUCCAACUGCAGUACAGGGGGGAGGUGUGUGGGUGUGGAAGUCAUCUGUGGUGUUGAUGGCGUGUCGGGCGCAUUCCAGGAGGGCAUCGCGCAGCUGACAUUGGAUACAAAAAGCCGCCACCAGAUGUGGCUCAGGAUUGGUCACUGGGACUGUUCUGCAGUCUGAGGGGGUGCAGCGUCUCCGGGCCCAGGAGCCUGUCCCCCUCAGACAACUCUGAUUAAUUCCCGCCCGUCAAUUAAUUAUCCGUAGCAACAUCCCCUAAUCUACCGCCACCACUUCACACAUCGUCCAUUACAACCCCCAACAGAUCAUUCUGCACAGAAGGAUUCCACCCAUCAUUGGCCAGGAUGAGUCAGAGUAGUGGUCCAAGCCCCCGGCUCCUUGACUCUCCUCUGCUGCUACAAAGCUCGGAGCUCCUCUGCGGCUUGGGAAAUGCCCAGCCCGAGCGCAUGCAUCACCCUGACUCCCUUUCACCAUCACCAAAGAGCCUGCCGCCAUCUCCCAUCCCUCAGACUCCGAUUCCCAUGCCGCCUGGGGACUGGGAGAGCCGCGAGGAGCUUCGACUGCGAGAGCUGGAGGAGGCCAGGGCGCGGGCGGCUCAGAUGGAGAAGACCAUGCGCUGGUGGUCGGACUGUACAGCCAACUGGAGGGAAAAGUGGAGCAAAGUGAGAGCCGAACGCAACAAAGCCAGAGAGGAGGGUGUCCAGCUCCGUGGUCGGCUUGAGGUUCUCAGCAAAGAGUUGAGUGCUUUGAAGAGGGAGCGCCAAGAGGCCACUGCUGAGACGGAGCAGCUCCGCAGGGAACUAGAAAGACUCCAAGGGAAAAAAGGAGCCGGUGACCAGGAUACUGAGGAACCUGUGCGAGACGUGGAUGCUGAGAAACCGCACAGAUCCAAGGAGGUGGAGAACGGAGUUUUCCCAGAGAAUGGAGGCCCAUCCCGUAGCCCAAGGUCCAGGCCCUGGGAUGACGUGGGGCCCAGCGAUGAAGAUGUGUCUAAGAUCACUGCGCUGAAGCUGAGGCUGGAUGAAGGUCAGAAGGUUCUAUUGAAGGAGAGAGAAGACAAGACGCUUCUCAGUAAGACCAUAGAGAAGAUGGAGGGAGAGAUCAGCCACUGGAAGAUGAAAUGCGAGGAGCUGAACAAGUCCCGCCAGGAUGUGAUGACACAGCUCUCUCUCCUUCAGGAGCGCCACCAGGAUGAGCUCGGACGGAUCUCGGAGGACCUGCAGGAUGAAUUGGGUGUUCGCUCCAGCAUGGAUAAGAAGCUGGCGGAGCUCCGAGCUGAGAUGGAGGGUCUCCAGGCAGAGAAUGCAGAGGAGUGGGGCCGCCGGGAGAGGCUGGAAACAGACAAACUCAAUCUAGAACGGGAAAACAAGAAGCUGAGGCUUCAGAUCCAGGACUUGGAAGAGGUGCUCACCCGUAAGAGGAGGCAGACCGCCAGCGCCCUGGACACUGACCUAAAGUCCAUCCAGUCUGAGCUCUUUGAGAAGAACAAGGAACUAUCUGAUCUGCGGCACGGCCACACCAAACUGAAGAAACAACACCACGAGAAAACCGCGGAGCUCACUCAUGCCAACCGCAGGGUGGAGCAACUUGAGGUGGAAGUGAAGAAACUGCGCCUCAGGGUGGAGGAACUGAAGAAGGAGCUGGGCCAGGCAGAGGACCAGCUAGAUGAGUCCCAGAACCAAACACGCAAGCUGCAGAGAUCUCUGGAUGAGCAGACAGAGCUGAACGAGAACCUGCAAGUUCAAUUUGAGCAUUUACAGUCACGGCUGCGCCGUCAGCAGAACACACAAAUGUUUGGGAAGCUCCACACGUCUCGUUUCGGGAGCGAUGAUACUGGAGAAAUGGGAAGUGACCCCGAUGAGGACGAGCUGCAGAUUCAAGUCCCGUAGUCGGAGGUGUCUGUGGAUGCUGCUGGACCGUAUUAACCAAUCAUGGACUUGUACCAUACGGAAGGAGCAUUCCGCUGGAGCGCUAAAAAAGCUGUUCCUUCCUGUGUGCCUUACACUAAAUAUCAUGUGAUGUUA